AUGAUUUUCCUCAGCAACUGCAUCGACCGUGUCUUACAACAUAGAGUACUUUUUCUCUUUAUCAGUUUCGGUAUCCUCAAGGGGGUGUUCUUUUACUCGCAUUUGGUUCCUCCUUCAUGUUCUUUUUCCUCGAAACCAUACCUCCUUCUCCGACCUGGGUCUCUGCCUACUAUUCGGGUUCAAGUAGGUCAUUUCUGGCGCAAUGAAAGGCUUGCGGGACAGAAGUCGACUUCUACGGAACCAGGGCCUUAUGUUAUUUUUUCUCUUAAUUUCUCAUUUGUUUUCCUCUUUUACGAGAAGACCGCGGGCCUUCCUCGCCGAGUACUGGUUUCUUCGCACUACGUCUACGAAGCAGUGGUACACGAAAUCAUGACGCAUGGGUGA